CAGAGAACAAAAUCGUAAUAGGAAUUACUGAUGAUGACUAUGUUCAAAAGCGGAAGAUACUCCCUGAAUUUAUCGAUACAGCCAAAUGUCGAGUUCAUUUGGUCAAAAAUUAUGUUCAAUCCAUACAUCCUUCUCUUAAGGAAGUAAUCGUUGAAUCCAUGAAUGACGGUUUUGGGCCUUCAAUUCGCGAAGUUGAUCUCGACGCCAUAGUUGUUUCACCAGAGACCUUAAAAGGCGGACAAGCCGUUGUUACAAAAAGAAAAGAACUAGGAUUGUGCAAUCUUGAAAUUGAGCAGAUUGAAAUUUUAGACGAUAGAUUGUCGACUGAAAGUUCCGUUUAUGAGGAAAAAUUCAAAAUUUCCUCGUCAAAUCAGAGGAAGCAGAUACUCGGUACUCGUAUCGCACCCUCAAAAAAAAACAAAUUCAAAUCUGAGUCGUUAAUCAUUGGUGUCACUGGUGGAAUAGCAUGCGGUAAAAGUGCGCUAACAGAGAAAAUAGUCAAUAUGUUCAAGACCCAUUUCGAAGUUAUUGCUGUAGACUGUGACAAACUAGCGCACUCAGCCUAUGAAAGUGGCUCUGAUUGCUUUGAACAAAUAAUACAAAGUUUCGGCAAAGAUGUUUUAAUGUUAAAUAGUGUUGGCUCUCAGGAGAUAAACAGACAAGUUUUAGGCCAGAAAGUUUUCGGAGAUCAUAAUAAAUUGAAGAAACUGAAUGAAAUUGUAUGGCCGGAAGUUCGAAAACAAGUGAAAAAUAUCAUCAAGAAAAGUCCUGAAAAAGGCAAAAUUAUUGUCGUUGAAGCCGCGCUUCUAAUAGAGGCUGAAUGGGCAGAUUUAUGCGAAGAAAUUUUCACGUGUAUAGUUCCAAAGCAAAUGGCACUCGAACGGCUAUCGACAAGAAACCCAUUGUUGUCUGCGGAAGAAGCGCUCUCUCGCAUUGAAAGUCAAAUUUCGAAUAGAGAGCGAAUUGAGCAUUCUACUUUUGUUUUCUCAACGCAAUGGGAUCACGACUUCACCUUACAUCAACUCACUAAAGCUUUCAGUACAAUAAAACAUGAGCUCCUCUUGUGAGCUUUUUGGUUGUCUUUAAUUAAAUAAAAUCAAUGAACAAAAUUAAGUUAAUACUUGAAGAAUAUAUACUCCUUGAGUCGGAGAACGAAUAAUUUAAUGUAGUCAAAUACUGAUUUCGUAUUGCAGGCUUGAGGCUGAUUUUUUGGGACUCAUUUAGGUCUGAGUUUUGUGUUUUGCUUGAUUUCUGAUUCGAAUUUCUCAAAUUAAAUUCAAAAAAAAAAUUCACAGGUAUCAAAACGAAAUGCAAUCACAACCAAAUGACAUUAAAAUCGUUUAAAUCAAAUAAUAUUCAUUUAAUUAGAAAUCGUACCAGCAGGGAGGGAAAAAAGCACCAGAAAAGAGGAAAAAAGGAAUAAAAAACGUUUGGCUUUCGUACAAAAAAAAACGUUUAAUCGCAUAAGUUGAGAUCGAAAUCUUAACUCAACUACAGCAAUGGAUCAAAACUUUUGAUAUUUUUUUUGCUGCUCGAUUAUAUUUUUUGCCGGAAAAACU